ACGUAACAGGAGAACAAUAUAUUCGUACAUUUGCACAGUACAUUCGUUCAAAUGCACGGAAGAUAUUGGUACAAAAUUCAUCUUUACCCUCAGCGUCCCCAUCUCAAGUAUUAGGUCAUAGAAGGUCCAAUAGUGAUGGAGCAAAUUUUUCAAUGGCAAAUGUAUGGUCAUUUACUACGGCCUUAACAAGUUCUUACUUGAAAUCGCCCGCUUCAUCGGCAUCAACAGCGCCUUCUACACCAGAAGUUUCAGCAAGUCAAAAGGCAAUUUUGGUCACCCUUGAUCCUCAACAUUUAUACUAUCUGCUAACUAAGUUCAAUGAUUUGGGGCUUGAUGUUGGUGCUUUUGAAAUGGCAGCCGAUUUCAGGUGCAAUGACGACGACAUUCUUGAUAUUGACUUAAAGGAUGAAACAGCAUCAAUUACGUCAGCAAACUCUGUUAGCUCAAUAUCAUCUGCUAUGUCUUCCUUGUCAUUGUUCACAGGAUGGACAGGGUGGGCUGCUGCAGCACAACCAAAUAUUCCAAUAAAAGAAGAAGUAUUAUAUAUAUAUCGUGCAUUCACCAAGCUUUCUGGUUUAAAGCUUUCAAUCAUUACACAAAAAAAAAUAGGAGGUUCUAGUGAUCUUCCAAUAGGAACCAUGCUGUCCUUGAAUUUAUUUAAAUGUUUGACACAUCUAGAAAUUUAUGGAUUAUCUCCAAAAAUGUUUGAUGGGUGGGAUAUAUUACAAGAGAAAUUAGAGUAUUUUUCUAUGCGAAAGUGUUUAAUUGACGAUAUUUCGGAAAUAUUUAUUGAUGCAGUGGUUGAUGGCUUGAAAAGGAGAAAAGGAAAGGACGUUAAAACCGACGAGAAUGAAGAUAAAAAGGAGGAGCCAGACCAAAUGGCCAAGAAAUCUAAAGAUAUAGACGAUAGUUCUCCAGAUAAUAUUUUACCACCAAGAAUCUGGCGACAAUUAAGGCAACUUGAUCUUUCAGACAAUUCUCUCACCUUUGUUGCCAGUGAACCCUUUACUUAUAUUACUAAAUGUACGCACAUGGAUUUAUCGGAUAAUCUACUACUCGCAGUUCCAUCUGGUCUAUCGCAACUUCAAGACUUGCAAUAUUUAAAUCUUAGCAAUAACAUGAUCGAAACAAUAAUCAGUAUUCAUCAGAUUCUUAGAAGUGUUACCAAAUUAGACUUGCGUAACAACCGCGUGGAAAAUCUAUGUGGAUUAGAACGGUUAUGGUCUUUAGAAUAUGUUGACGUUAGAGAUAAUCGAUUAACGGAUUGGGCAGAAAUUGGACGCAUGGCAGAUCUUCAUAGAAUAAAGCAGAUAUUUGUGGAAGGCAAUCCGUUCACGAAAUAUCAGCAAUCUUACAGAGUCAAUAUCUUUUCACUCUUUCGUGAAAAAGAUAAGGAAAUUAUAUUAGAUGGUUCGGGCCCUAGUUACAAUGAACGUCGUCAUAUUACAGUCAGCUCUAAGCCUUUAUAUGAAAAGAUUCCUGAGGCUAUUGUGGGCAAUGAAGCACACUUGUCUACCAGUCCAGAAGAUACGCUCUCUAGUUUGAAGCCAUCUAAAAGCAGUAAACACCGUAGAAUUGUUAAACUUGAUGGAGAAGAUGAACAUAAUAGUGAAUCUGAUAUUGGAUCUGAUGUAAUGUCGAUUAGUUCAAAAUCUGGAAAAAACAAAAAGAAGAAAAGUAAGCCAAAACUUGAGAAAAUGACAUCAAAACACCGGCUUGUGGAAAUUGAAAAGGCAGUCGCUGCGGAAAAUGACCCACAACUGAAAAAAAAGAAAUCACUUAAAUUCCGCCACCAAUCCUUGGACAUGCAAAGACUUAAUUCGACAUCACCUGUUGAAUCAGAAAUUGUGACGUCCGGAGAAGAUUAUAGACGAAAAAUUGAGGAAUUACGAAACGAAGGUGGUUCUUCAUGGCUAAGAGUUUAUACAGAAAUGGAAUAUUCAAAAGAUGAAAACGAUAGAUUAAGGGAGCCACCAAGGACAAAACA